GCCCGACUACAACUUCUGGUAGCCUAUGGAACCAGACACGAUGGAGCCACAACCGACCACGAGCGAAGCAGGAGAGGAGUACAGGGCAUCGCCCGAUCGAGCACUGAGGGAUCUGAAGGAACGAAUUAGGCAAGAAGCACCGCUGAGAUGGGCUGACCAAACAAAUGACGGAGGGCCCGACAUGARAGGCGAACCAGUUGCGACAGAACCGCAGGAGGCUCUAAAGACGGGUACCUCGAGCGGACGACAAGAAGCGACGAGGCGGCGCUCCCCCGAGUACGCGCGGAGGGACACCAUAGCGGACAGGUACAAAGACGACUGGAGAGAGAAUUUGAGGGAUUCCUAUUGGAGGGACAGAGAUAGAGACAGGGCGCCGCCCAGGCGAGUCUUCGACCCCCAGACAGGGGAGUCACAUCCACUCCCUUACGAGAGCAAGGAUCGUUAUAUUAUUACGCACAAGGUCUCAGAGCCUCCUACCUUCAGGGGCUAUGGUAUCACAGAAUAUCUGGAGAAGUGGGAGCUUCACGCCAGCCGGAGUCAGUGGUCGGAGGAAGAGAUUAUAAAUAAUUUCCUAUUUAAUGUGGACCCAAGUCUUGGUAGGGGAGUUAAGGAAGCUCGACCGAAGGAUGGGAAAUGGACUACGUACAAGAAGAACCUCGUUGAGCUUUACAAAUUGGAGGAUAACAAGUAUUCCAUCAAGGACCUUGAAACGAUGACUCAAGAUGAAGAUGAGAGCGUAUGGGCAUUUGGGAUGCGUUUCCAAAUGAUCUCCGACGUGCUGAUGAAGAAAGGGAAGAUCUCAGAGGUCGAGCGCUGUACUAUCUUCAUCGGACACUUGUCCAAAGGACAGGGCCGACGAGAUGGAUAUAGGGACGACAGGUACGAGAGAUCAGACCGAGAUGGAUAUAGGGACGACAGAUACGAGAGAUCGGACCGAGAUGGAUAUAGGGACGACAGAUACGAGAGGUCGGGUCGAGAUGGCCACAGAGGAAGUAGAUAUGAGAGAGGAGAUCGGGACUGGGAACGACAAGAUGGGUCGCUCGGACGGUUUGAGCGCGGGGGAGAUGCGAGAGAGCAGCGUGACGAGUCGCGAGGAUGGUACAACCGAGGGGACCGACGCGAUGAGUCACGAGGACGAUAUGACUCGGGGAACCGCCAGAAUGAUUCGCGAAGGCGGUAUGAGCAAGGAGGGUCUGGAGGAGACCGCCGCAACGAUUCGCGCAGACGGAAUGAGAGAGGGGGAUAUGGCGUCUUAUCAGAACCAUAUCCUAAGUCGCCUGACCCCAAGGCGGCCAGGAAUUCGAUCUCUAGAGGCGCAGACGACAGGGCAUCUCCUCCCAAGAACUCAUGCGUCUACUGUAGAGGCCGCAAGUACGUCAAGUGGACAGAUGAUCUGCGAGAUGUAUCGAUGUUCCCUUCGAUGAAGGAGAAUGUUGAAGCAAGGAGAAUAAAGCCGAGUAAAGAAAAGGAUCCGGUCAGGAGCCAGAGCAUCAAGAUAACCUUUGAGGGGGAUAUGGCGACCACACCCAUAAGGGUGGCAGCCACCAAGUCGGCGAGAGGGUCUACAUCGAAGAAGACUGACACAUAUUACGUGAUGGCGGAGAAGGACGGACAGCGGGUCGAUGGAGAGGAGGUUAUCCUUUCGCCGCGGAAGCGGGGAGUGAAGAAGUUCUUAAUGAAGAGUUCGCUGGACGAGAUUGACACGGUCGAGCCGCUGAGGCGGCCCCUUCGACAACCCAUGCAGUGCUUUAUUCUGGAGUACCUGGCGACAUCGAAGCCGGCUCGUGAUGAGUUACAGAUGAUCACGCGGAAGACUCGCAUACCUCUAUCGAAGGAGGGUCAGGGGGCCCCUAAGUUGGAAGCUUCUACAGUAGCAGUAAUGGGGGUGACUGCCAGAGCGGAUCGCAUGGCGACAGUCCUUCUCGAUGGAAUGGAAGGUAUGCCUCCAGACAAGUUUUAUAUACUUGGUAGCGGGGCCGUGGAGACGAUUAUAAACGAUGGAGCGGUACUCGAUGCUGUGAUUGAUAAUGACAGUGAGGCUGUCAUCAUAGACGAGGACCUGGCAGUACAGGUUGGACUGGGCCUCGAUAGGUCAUACCUAUUCGAGAUAGAGACAGCUGAUGGAAUAAAGCAACAGAUCACUGGGGUUUGUCACAAAGCAGCCAUAGAGGUCCAAGGGGUACGUGUGACCCUGCCUGUCUUUGCAGUCAAAAACUGCAGCUCCGACCUGCUCUUGGGUCGAACGUGGCUGAGCCACGUGCAUGCGGUGACGAUAGAGCGACCUGAUGGGAGCCAAACAUUGUCCAUUAAGAAGCCAGACGGGACGCGGGUAAUGAUUGAGACAGUGGAGCCUCGGGACCCGAGGAACAGAGCAGUUAUCGCUGUGGGUGCGAGACCCAGUGAUCAGAUUAAGUCGUUACCUAUCUCCGGCCGCGAGGUGCGAUUUCGCGAGAAGAGAUAUGGACCAGUGCUCACAGAGGAAGAAGGUCGGAUCGUGGAGGUGGAAGAUUUAGGGAGUCGGCUAAUAGUGGACGACAACUCGUACCCAAAGGAAAGAGAUGAGGAAUUUGGCGGUGUGGUAUCCGUGUCUUUUUUAAGGGCACGACUACCCAAGCGACACAAGCGAGUAGCUCAAAAAGUUAAGCCAGCGGCGGUGGGCCGCGAGCGAACGGCACUGGAAGGGGUAUCAGAAGAAGAGAUCGCGAAAGAAAUCAAAGAAAGAAAGAGAAAGGAGCCGCAACGCCUAACGGAAGAGAGGAUAGUAGGGAUGAACAUCGGAGAUGAGAAUUUGACCGCACAGGAGCGAGAACGUGUGAUAGAAAUCCUGAAGACAUGUGAUAAGGCCAUAGCUUUUAGUGACGCGGAGCGCGGUAGGAUUGACCCUCGAUACGCUAAGCCAGCAAGGAUUUACACGAUACCACAUGUUCCCUGGAAUGACGCGGGAUGGAAAUACGCCCAGAAGGAGAAGGAAAAAGUUAUCACUUUCCUGAAAGAAAAGAUGGUUUCCCAUGUUGCGGAGCCGUCUGAUAGCACUUAUGUUAAUCGAUGAUUCUUCCUACGAAAGCCGAAUGGCAAGAUCUGAUGGAUCCAGGACCUUCAGAAGGUUAACGCGGUGACGAUACG